GAGGAGAGCGAGAGAGAGAGCGAGAGAGAGAGAGGGAGAGAGCGAGGGCAAAGUAACACGCUCACAUCCCAAAAGAAAAACUGCGUUCAGCUUAUUUCUAUUUGUUUGGGGAAACGAUAUAAUUCCCCGUUCCCCCCCGUCAUGGACCCCGACAUCUUCCAGAUUAUAAUUGACGAGUUCGAUCCCAACUGCAGCCUCUUCGACCUUUUCCAGGACAGUUUCUAUCCGUCUGACAUUCCCGCUCAGUUUGAUCUCUCUGGUGUUUAUUGCAACGCCACCACGGACCAGAUCGGCACGUGUUGGCCCCGGACGCGGGCAGGACAGGUCGCCUCACGUUCCUGCCCCGAAACCUUCAACGGCAUUAAGUACAACACCACCAGAAGCGUCUACAGGGAAUGCGUAGAAAAUGGGACCUGGGCGUCCAGAAUCAACUACUCUCAAUGCGAACCUAUUCUGGAAGAGAAGGGUAAAUACCAGGUCCACUACAAGGUCGUUUUGAUCAUCAACUACCUGGGGCACUGCAUUUCCAUCGGAGCGCUCGUCAUUGCUUUCACGCUGUUCCUGUGCUUGAG